AUGCCACCCCGCAGCUCCGUCUCGUACUUCGGCGCCGGCCCCGCCCCGCUCCCCACCCCCGUCAUCGAGUCCGCCGCAGCAGUCCUGACAAACUACCGGGACAGCGGGCUGGGACUGGCCGAAAUCUCCCACCGCUCUCCCACGGCUAACCAAAUCCUCGCGGACACCAAGGCGAAUCUAAUAACGCUGCUUGACAUUCCUGAGGACGAGUAUGAGAUCUUGUUCAUGCAGGGAGGCGGGUGUGGGCAGUUUAGUGCCGUUGUGUAUCACUUAGUGGGUGUGUGGGUCGAGAGGAAGAGGAGGGGGAUUGCUGCUGCUGCUGCCGCUGCUGCUGCCGCUGAGGGGAAGGAUGUGGAUGAGGCGGAGGUGGAGAGGGAGCUGAAGAGGAUGGUGCGGGAGGACCUUAAGAUGGAUUAUCUGGUUACGGGCUCGUGGUCGCUGAAGGCCAUGCAGGAGGCGAAGAGAUUGUGUGGGGAGCGGUUUGUCAAUGUGGCGGCUGAUGCGAGGCAGGAGAACGGCGGGAAGUUCGGGACUAUUCCGGACGAGAAGGAGUGGAGGCUCACGAAGACGAGGAGGGAGGGCGGGAAGGGCAGCGCGCCGGCUUUUGUCUACUAUUGCGACAAUGAGACGGUGGAUGGGGUUGAGUUUCCUGGGUUUCCGGCGGUGCUGGAAGCGCGGGACGGGGAGGAGGAUGAGAGGCUUGUUGUCGCGGACAUGAGUUCGAACUUCCUAAGCAGGACGAUUGACGUGCGGAAGUUUGCGGUGAUCUUCGCCGGAGCCCAGAAGAACGUGGGCAUCGCCGGAAUCACGCUUGUCAUCAUCCGCAAGUCCCUCCUCCCCCCCCAAACGGCAACCCCAUCCCCAGACCUCCUCCGCAGACUCGAAGUCGGCAGCCUGCCCGGCCCCACAGUGCUGGACUACGGCGCCAUCGCCAAGAACAACUCCCUCUAUAACACCCUGCCCAUCUUCAACCUCUGGAUCGCCGGCGAGGUCAUGGCCCAUCUGGUAAAGACGUAUGGAGACCAGAAAGUGGGCGGACAGGAGGAGGUUGCGAACCACAAGGCGGCGCUCUUGUACGGAGCGCUGGAUAAAUACCCGCAGAUAUAUGGUAUCGUGCCGCAGCGGAACGUGCGAAGUCGGAUGAAUAUUUGCUUCCGUGUCUCUGGCGGUGAUGCGGAGAAGGAGAAGGGGUUUCUGGCUGGGGCGGAGAGGAAGCUGCUCCAGGGGUUGAAGGGGCAUCGGAGCGUGGGUGGGAUACGGAUUAGCAAUUACAAUGCGGUGCCCGUUGAGAAUGUGGAGAAGUUGGUGCGUUAUCUGGAGGAUUAUGCGAAUGGGCGGGGGUGA